AAAUGUUAACAAAGCGUUAACGUAGAACCAAAAGACGUUUCCAACGAGACGACGAAACUCUCCUUCACUCAAAUCGAUACCGUCCAUUCUCUAGACCGCCCAUUAUGCCCUCAGUCACCAACAUCGCGAACAUGUGUUCGCAUCUCCAAAACGCCUCUAAAGCCCGCCUGGGUAUAACAUCUGUCAAGAAUUGCAAAUACAACCUUCAACUCGCCCUCGCUCUUCACCGAUCAGGUUUCUUCUCGGCAAUCUACCGUUCCGGUCCUCAUCCCCCAACGCUCGAGCAGAUGGUUUCUGAGCCUCCAGUGCGUGUGACAAACGCCAACGUAGCCAGGAUGCGCUUGUGGCUCGGCCUUAAGUACUGGGACGGUAAACCCGUCCUCGGAAAGGCCAACGCUAUUAGCACGCCGAAGCGUCUUAUGACGGCCAACAUUGCGGAGCUGGCUAGAUUGGCGAGAGGGUUUCCUACGAAGGUGGAUGGUGGUGUCGUGCCGGGGUUAAAUCUUGGCGAGUGCAUGUUUGUGUCGACGUCGAAGGGUAUGCUGGAAGUAAGGGAGGCACUCGCGAGAAAACAGGGUGGUCUGUUAGUAUGCCGGGUUUCAUAAGCAUGGAUAUCUAGAGGGGAGGUUGCUUGGGUGGUGGGAGGAGCCUGUGUGCUUUCAUGAUACGAUAAAUAGGGAAGCUUGUAUUGUACAACUAGAUUAAGUCCAACAAGGACGAUUUUUGUAUCAAAAAUCAAUCUCAGCAUGAGAAACUGCCUUUCGCAUUACAAAUA